AUGGCCGAUAAAUUAAUCGCCGAAGGCAUCCACGUUACCGCCGUUGGACGUCGUAAAGACCGUCUCGACGCUUUCGUAUCAACUCAUGGUUCAUCGAAGGCGUCAAGCCUGGUCGCUGACAUCUCAGACAUCAGCAGCAUACCCGCUUUUGCUCAGAAUGCGAUCAAACAAUACCCCACAAUCGAUGCCCUCUUCCUCAACGCCGGCAUGCAACGCAACUACAACUUUGCCUCUCCCUCCACGGUGAAGCUCUUACAGUUCAACGAGGAAAUUACUACGAACUUCACGUCCUUCGUUGCCCUCACACACGCUUUUCUCCCACACCUCCUCGCAUCCCCAAACCCCACCGGACUCAUCUACACAGGAACGCACAUCUCGCUCGUGCCAGCCUCAACUAUGCCCGCAUACAGCGCGUCCAAAGCCGCGCUAGAUGCCUUCAUUCAGUGCAUCAGGGAGCAGCUGCGCAACACCAAAGUGAACGUCGUGCACAUCUCGCCACCGCUUGUGCAGACAGAGCUGCAUGAUUUUGAGAUGGGCGCUGAGGUCGGGCGCAAGAUGGGUGUGCCGGUCGAGGAAUUUGUUGCAGAAACAUGGGCGGAGCUUAAGGAAGGAAAGAAGGACAUCUACAUUGGGAGUAUCGGAGCUAGCACGAAGGAUCAGUUUAUGGAGAUUGCUGAUAAACGGGCCGAGGCAAUUGACAGGCUCAACCAGCUGCUUAGAAAAUUUCAGUGA